AUGUCUGUGUAUAACUGGAAGCAUCCCCUGGAGAUUCCUCCACCAUCUGAAAAGGACUGGCUAAAGGAAGACGAGGAAGAUUUCUUCCUGCAGGAUCCCGAUCAAAAGCGUGAUGCGUUGCCUCAGCCCUUCAGGAUGGUCAACAAACUGGUGAGGCUGGUUUUUGAGAAUGCUAUGGAAAUCAUUGAAAGAAAGGAGAUGCUCCGAGAAGCACAAACACUAAAGAUCCAGCCCACAAAAGUCUUUCCUACAGCUGAAUUCCAGGUAACUGGAAGAAUCAAUUGCCUUGCAGUGUCUGGAAAAUACGUCUUUGUCGGUCUGUCCGUGGGUCUGGCUGCCUUCAGGGUGUCUGACUGUAAGGAGAUCUGUGCUUGGGAUGCAGUCAAGAUGGAGAUUUGUGCCAUCCACGCUUCGGAUUUGGGGAAUGAGCGCUAUGUCCUCCUUGCUGUGGAUGAAAUGGGGCUUGUCUGGCUCUUCUGCUUUCACGAGGAAAGCUUCCUACUCGUUAAAAUCCUAAAUGAAAUGGAGGAUAUCAGCAAGCAAAGUACUUGUGUGGAGGUGGUGCUGUCCCCAGGAGGCGAUUACGCAGGAGUCCUGCUGCAAGACAGCACAAAAGCUUGGCUGGAGGUACACCGAUUGCCUAAGGAUUCCUGGCUGAAGGAGAUGGAAAAGAACCCAGGAGCUGCAGCAGGGCUAGCUUGCAGGGUGAGGAGGUCAAGUUGGACAUCUGCGGAGUCUCCCGUGUCUGCAAACAAAGCUGAUGCAAAGCUGAGUCUCCCCGUGCUGCUGCUGAAAAUAGAGCCACCCAAACCCGUUACAGGCAGUAGUUUUAAAAGCCCUUUGGAUGCCUUGAAGAAAGUGGAUGAUGACAGCACGCUUGGCUUGGGGUACAAUCACCUAAUCAAGGACUCCCAAUGGGAGCAGCAGGAAGCAAUCUUCUGCAGCACUUACCGGGAGUAUCUGGAGGCCGAGGGUGAGAGAGAGAGCAAGGAGGAGAUCCCCAGACAUGCUACUUUUCAUUUUCUCCUGCCUAGCCGGAUUCUACAGGUGGGACCUGAAAUGAAAGUACAGCCAG